AUGUCGAGCGAAGACGACUAUGAUUCACCUGAAGGUUCGCCGUUGGUGACUUCUGAAGGGGAGGCUGGCGAUAGAACUCCCGUUUCAGAAGAUGCUUUAGAAACAGAUGCUGCACCGACCACAAUUCCGUCUACACCUUAUUCUAUGGUGCCCAAUAUUCUAAAUGCCAAAUCCUAUAGAACCUACGAUAUUGUGCCUCUUUGCGCGGCAAUUCACGGUUGUCAAAUAUACGCGUUAGACGCAACCCGAAACAUGCGUUGGGUUUUCACAGGUGGCGAUGACGGAUAUGUUCGAAAAUACGAUUUUUUUGGAUCGAUGAGUGGAAAACAAUUGCUGACGCAGAAUCAGAAACACGCGCAAGUGGAGUCUGUCCAAAAGGCGGGUGUGAUUUUAUCGUAUUGGGAGAACGAAGAACCACCACCACCGGCUCCGGUGGUGGUGCCUCCUCCUGUACCUUCUACACCUAUAGUGAUUAAGCAAGAAAAUACAAAUGGGAUGGCUAAUGGGUUGAUUACGGAACCAUCUAAUGCACCACAACCCGAACCCGUGCCAGAAGCUCCACUUCCCGAACCUAAAUUAUCAGCUGUUUUCAGUUUAGCUGUACAAUCCGAAGCAAUUUGGUUACUAAGCGGUUUAGAGAGCGGUGGAAUUAACUUGUUUACGGUUAGACAUGAAGAAGGAAAAUGUCAUCAUGUAUUAAAAGAACAUAAUGGUCCUGUAUCGGUAUUAAAGAUAACACAAGAUGAAAUUGGGUUUAUUAGUGGCUCGUGGGAUAAACAAGUAUUGUAUUGGGAUCUUAACAAUGGUCAAGUAGUCCGACGAUUUAUAGGCCACAAUUCACAAAUAACCUCGAUACAAUUCCGUCCAGUACUACCAGCGAGUUCUCCCGAGUCAUACGACGAACUUUUCAAUGAUGACGAAGAUCUCGUAAACUCAAAUGACGUUCUUCUAACUACGAGCAUCGACGGCCAUAUCAUGAUCUGGGACAAACGAGCCGAAGAAUCAAUAAUAAAAACACUUGCACCACCGGAACGGACUCCACCUUGGUCUUUAUCUGCUUGUUGGAGCGCAGAUGGUACGAAAAUUUAUUGUGGGAGAAGAAAUGGAACUGUUGAUGAAUGGGAUGUUCGCGCUGGAUCUGCGAUACGCGUUCUUCGAAUGCCAAACGGUUCUGGGCCCGUUUCGUGUGUUGCUAGUAUGCCUAAUGGAAAACAACUAAUAUGCGCGUCAUUUGAUAAUAUCCGAUUAUGGAACUUAGAAGAGAGCGAGAACAAUAGAUCGUCAGUCCCUUUUCUUAUUGUGGCGGGACAUCAUGGCGGAACGAUAUCUCAAAUAUUGAUCGACGAACAGUGUCGAUAUCUGAUUACCACUUCUGGAAAUCGAGGAUGGGAGGGAAGCACUACUGAAUCUGCGUUGUUUUAUGAAAUUGGACAGGGUUGA